GAUAUUAUAAACGCGAACGAAUAAAGUUUUAUUCAAUUUUUGUGUUUAAUUCUGCUAAAUAUAAAGAAAAAUAAAAUAAAGUUUCAAUUAAGUUUUCUACUAAUAAAUGACAGUUCGACGUGGGAUGGUAUCUAAAAUAAGCUUAUAAAUAGAUAGUGUUUAUAAAAUAGUAUACGGUACGAAAAUGUGUUUGUAGAAAUUAUCAUUUUUUAUCUAACAUCACAAUAAUUUCAACAACUACAAACCAGUAAUAAUCUGAAUAAGACAACAUCAUGAGUGAUCUAAUAGUAAACGUUCAACAAGGUAAAAUUCGUGGAAAAUUAGUUGAGGGAUUUAAAGGUAUUAAAUUCCGCGCGUUUCUUGGAAUACCAUACGCGAAACCUCCGUUGGGAAAUUUAAGAUUUAAGGCUCCUUUACCAGCUGAAAAAUGGUCAGGCAUAAAAGACUGUAUAGAAGACAAUCCAGGAUGUUAUUCCAAAGAUCUUAUCUAUCAAACUUUAGCCGGUUCUGAAGAUUGUUUAACAUUAAAUGUUUUCACACAAGAGGAAUCCAAAACAACAUCGUUAAAACCUGUUAUGGUUUGGAUUCAUGGUGGCGCCUAUACAGCCGGAUCAUCAAAAUCGGACGUUUAUGGACCAGAUUUUUUAAUAACAGAAAACGUAAUCUUAGUUACAAUAAAUUAUAGAUUGGGUCUUCUUGGAUUUUUAACAUUUGAUGACCCAACUUUGGAGGUACCAGGAAAUGCCGGAUUAAAAGAUCAAGUUUUAGCAUUACAAUGGGUUCAAGACAACAUAAAAAAUUUCGGUGGUGAUCCAAACAACGUAACAAUCUUCGGCGAAAGUGCUGGGGGCACUUCAAUACAUUAUUUAAUAUUAUCACCAAUGGCUAAAGGGUUAUUUCAUAAAGCCAUAGCACAAAGUGGAUGUUGCUUAGUUCCUUGGGCAGUUUCUAGAAAUCCUUUGUAUAUUUUAGCUGAAAUUCUCGGGUUACCUUUUAAAACCGAUCAGGAACUUUUUAGAUAUUUCCAAGAGUUACCUGUUGAAAAACUUUUUGAAGCACAAGAACAAAUACCGGAUGAUUAUAAAUCCCAUGUAAUGAGAGCAUUAGGUCCAAUUAUUGAAAAACCUUAUAAAAAUCAGGUUAAUUUUAUAACUGAACAUCCCUUAGAUAUAAUUAAAAAAGGUACUUUCAACAAAGUACCUUUUAUGCUUGGGUUCACGUCUAUGGAAGGAUUUUUUUAUCAGAUGGUUGAAAUGCGACAUGGAAACAGUACUUUAGUAAAGAAUUUUGAAGAAGCUAUCCCCAAUACCUUUAAUAUUCAAUUGGGAACUGAUAAAUCUAGGGGAAUAGCUAAGAAAAUUAAAGAAUUUUAUUAUAAAAAUGAAGAACCAACCGAAGAAAAUAAAGAAAAAUUCUUUUUGAUGCAAACCGAUUUAUUUUUCGUUCAUGGUAUUUACCAAAGUGCGAGGUACCACUCUAAAUAUCACCCCGUAUAUUUAUAUAAAUUUUCAGUUGAUGGUUUAUUAAAUUUAUAUAAAACAUUUAUGGGGAUAACACUACCAGGAGCUGCCCAUGCUGAUGAAAUUGGUUACUUAUUCAAACUUUUCUUAACACCAGAAGAUUUAGAACUUGACAGCAUGGAAUACAAAACAAUUAAGAGGAUGACAAAGCUCUGGGCAACGUUUGCAAAAACGGGAAAUCCAAACCCUACAGAAAAAGAUGAAUACAUCAAUGAUAUUAACUGGAAACCGGUUGAAAAUAACCAAAUAAAUUAUUUAGAUAUCGGACCAGAAUUAAAAACAUAUAUUAAUCCUGAAAAAGAAAGAAUGGAAUUUUGGGAUAAUAUUCAAGAAAUCUGCGAAACUAAUUCAAAAUUGUGAUAAAAAAAUUAAUUGUCAAUCAUUGAACAUUAAAUAAAAUGAAUUGGCGAAA